AAACUAAAAACUACGAUGGAAUCAUUUGAAUUUACCUCUGAUGAAGAAAUUCAAGCCUUUAAUCAUGAAAAUAAGAAAAUGGAUUGCACGGGUUACGUCGAUAUGAUCGAAGGUAUAAAGACAUUAAAAACUGCAGAAGGACAUGUGUUGAAGUUUGUUUUGAACAAUGCGUCCAAAUCUAGCAUGCGUGUACUAAUGUAGGGGACAUAUUUAUC